AAAAAAAAAAGUUGUAGAGUGAAAAAAAAAAAACUUUGGAAAAAGAUUUUCUACCGUCCGCGGGCUCCGCUGUUGAUAUUUCGGUUCGGUCGUUUGUUAUCGCAUGGCAAGCAGAGAGUGAAUUGUCUACUUUCGCUCUUCUAGUGGAGAUAGUGUAGUGGAGUUAUUCAGCAUUGCCAGUGCUAAACUUGUUGAGUUCAUUUAGAUUGAGAUUUCUAUAUAUGUAAGUGAUUGUGGUGUUGUGUGCAGUGUCUUCUGUGCGCGUGGGAAAACAAAACCUUUGUGAUUUCUGGGACUUCUCUUGGAGUUUACUUGAUGUAAUAUUCGCGAAUCAAUAUAGAUCUCUAUUUAUAUAGACUUUGGGCCUCAUUUUUCGGUCUAUAUGUAUCAUUCUAAUAGUUGGCCUUGAGACCCGAACUCUGCUGCCGGCGUCGUAAGGCUUUUUUUUUUUUUGGGUGUCAGAACUAAAGUCCAAUAAACAAAGCCUGAACAGAAGUGAAAAUAGAAAAAGAAAACACACACACACACAGCCCAAGCUGUUUUCAAAUAGAAAUGAGAGAUUUGUGGAGAGACCAUAUUGAAACAGCGUGAGAGAAAUUGCGAUCUGAAAUUAAAAAUUCCUGUUCAUUCUUUGAAGAACAAAAAGUACAAUAACAUUGGAAGAGAGGACCCAAUACAUACAUCAAUCGAUCAAUAUCAACGGACUAAGUCAGCGUCUGAUUGGUUUUCAUUUAUGUUCUAUUCGAAUGUAUAAUUGUGAAUCAAGGCCUUAAGCUGUUUCAAACAUUUUACUAGACUGACUAUUAGAAGAAAACAUCACAGUAAGAACAAGCCUUGACUCUAUUUGUCAGACUCAGAGUUAUGACUGGAGUUUCUGGUCGGAACGCGUUUUUAAAAGUUGUAUCUUUCAAUGUGAUUUUAUAAUCACACCACGUCGAAUCAAAUUUGUUGAAUUCGUAUCACUUCCUGUCGUUUGAUGGGGAGACAAGCUUAGAUGACAAGCCAUCAGUGUCGGAUUAAAUCCCCGUGGAUGAGGCGGGGCAGCCCGUCCGAGUAAUUUGGAUUAUUUCCACCUGUGUGUUUCUUUAUUCUGAAUAUAUCCAUUCAUUUCGUUGUUCCUGACGUCAAUUAUGUCUAUCUCAUUCGUUACUUUCUGGAUAUUAUUACCUGUUUAUCUACUGACCAGAGGAGCCAUGAGGUCAAAGGUCAACAGCUUCAUACUGCUCAUGUACAUCGUUUUGCCUUUCAGUUCACUUAUAGGUCAUGUAGCGUCACAAACUCCAACAUCGUCAAACAAAUUUCUCAAUCAGGAUACUGACCAAGGCGAUCUACUGGACCCUAUGAAAAAUAAUGGAGUCUAUACCGGUGAUGCCUCCUUAAACCUGAAUUUUGAAAUGAAGAACUUGACCAAGUACCGAGGUCAAGAUAUCAGGAUGACCUGUGAUAUCACAGGCAACCCCACUCCCAACUACUACUGGUUCCGGAAUAACGUCUCCCUGGCCAACUUUACUGACAGCAAGAGAUUUACCAUCCUUAGGGAGAGCUAUGGGUCAAGGUUGAAGAUUAUCAACGCCCAGGCAUCAGAUUCUGGGGUCUAUACCUGCAAGGCAUACAACAUUGAGGGUUCUAAAGAAACAAGUGCAGUAUUGACGGUCAUGAAUGCGUCACCUCCCCCGUCUGCCGGUGGAAAAGGCGGGAAUGACGACGACGAUGAUAUCGGUAUCACCAAGGACAAAGGAGACGGAGACUUCAAUGGACGAUAUGACAAGAACAGUUUGAGUGGUCACGUGGGCGAUGUGGACGACAACCGAAAGAACAGCGAGGGAUUUUGUCUCGUCUACCGAGGCUCGACGUGUUCCAGAUUUGUUGGCAACAUGAGCAUCUAUGUGAAGUCUGUCAAUGACUUGAGUGACCUGGAGGAAAGCAUGAUUGCUGCCUUUGCUUUGAUUGGCGGCGUGUCCCCGACCCAAAUGUCCAAAAAGUGUGAACCAUUCGGGAUCAAGUCGAUGUGCUACUUUGCCUUCCCUCUGUGUGACACCAAAACUAAAAGCCCGGCCAAGGCCCGACAGAUCUGCAGAGACGAGUGUGAGAGGCUGGAGUCGGACAUAUGUAAGGAUGAGUACCUCAUGGCCAAGAAAACAUCCGUUUUUACCGAUAAAAAAAUUCUACCGAUAUGUAACGAACUCAAAGAGUCAGGGACGGCUGAAGGUGACAACUGUAUCAGAAUUGGGGUCAACAGUGGUGUCAGAGAUUCUGGAAUGGAAGAAAACUGUUACACUGGAAACGGUAAAAACUAUCAAGGCCUAAUGAGCGUAUCAAACUCUGGCCUACUCUGCAACAAAUGGACAUCCACUAGCCACUCUGAAUUAGGUGAUCACAACUAUUGCAGAAAUCCAGGCUCUGGGUCCGAAGAUAAACCUUGGUGCUACACCUCCGCUGGCAAAGAGACAUGCAACAUACCAAUUUGUAAACACUCUCAGCACACUCAGGGCAUAGGUGAAGCCAGCGAGGACUCCAACAAGCUUAUGUACAUUCUUAUUCCAUCACUGACUGUACCUCUCGCCCUUGGUAUCCUGCUUGCACUCAUCUGUUUCUGUCAGAAGUCACACAUAACUAGAUCAUCAAGACCUAAUAAGCAGUCUCAGCCAGUGGAAAUGAGCCCACUCAAUCCCAAGGCUGUCAGUCGAGUUCGAGAAUUCCCUAUGCAAAAUAUUCGGUUUCUGCAAGAGCUUGGUGAAGGUGCCUUUGGCAAAGUGUACAAAGGAGAACUGGUUGGCUUGUACAGUGAAAGCUCUGUCAGCAAAGUUGCCGUUAAAACAUUGAAGGAAAACGCCCUUCCAAAAGUGCAAAACGAUUUCCGCCGUGAGAUUGAUUUAAUGGCGGAACUACGUCAUCCAAAUAUCGUCUGCCUGUUAGGUGUGUCAAUGAAGAAGGAGCCUAUGUGUAUGCUGUUUGAGUACAUGGCACUGGGAGACCUCCAUGAGUACCUGUUAUCACACUCACCACACUCAGAUGUCACGUCUGCUGAAGACGAUAGUGGGGCUGGAGCUGGACACAUCCUAGAAUAUGCUGAGAUGCUUCACAUCUCCACGCAAGUUUCUGCAGGGAUGGAAUACCUUGCCAGCCAUCACUUCGUUCAUCGUGAUCUUGCUGCCAGGAAUAUCUUGGUUGCUGAGGGUCUUAGUGUUAAGAUCUCUGACUUUGGUUUGUCCCGAGAUGUGUACUCCUCAGACUACUACCGGGUUCAAAGUAAAGCUUUGCUUCCUGUUAGAUGGAUGCCGCCAGAAGCAAUUUUAUAUGGUAAAUUUACAACUGACAGUGAUGUCUGGGCAUUUGGUGUUGUCCUAUGGGAGAUUUUCAGCUAUGGAUUACAGCCAUAUUAUGGGUUCUCUAAUCAGGAAGUCAUUGAGAUGAUCCGCUCCAGACAGAUACUGGCGUGUCCAGAAGAAUGCCCAGCCAGAAUCUAUGGCCUUAUGGUUGAGUGUUGGCAUGAAAUGCCAGGCAGACGGCCAGCAUUUAGGGAGAUACAUAAUCGACUUCGUUCAUGGCUGGUGGAAGUAACUGCAACAGCGCCAUGGACUCUGUCUCAGAGUCAGUCUGGUCACUCCAGCUCCACACAUCAGAGCAACCAGUCUCAGCCAUCUCACCACAGCAGUACUGGACCAAGCAACACCACAGCUGUCACUGGCCUGACUGGCAGCAGCAACACUUCAGAGCCUAGUCCUGGAGGGCAGAUACUGUACAAUCCUCAAUACAUGCCUUAUAACAAUCAUGGAACCCUUUCACCCCCUUUACCUUACAACAUUGUACCACAGCAGCAACAACAGCAACAUCAACAGCAGCAGCACCAAAUGCUACCUGCCAAUGGGGCCAACAGCAUGCACUUACAGCAGCAAUACAAGGUCAACUUAUACAAUGGGCAAACUGGCAACUACUAUGUCCAGUACCCUGGUGGCCAGCCAGCUGUGCUGAAUCUCCAAAGUGGCCAGAUUCAGGUUCCUAGGAACACUGCCCAAUCACCUGCACCAGCUGGAGGACCAAAUGGUGCUUCUACAAUUGGAAAUGCCCCAACUAAAGUAUCCCCUGCUGGCUCAGUUGCUAGCUCCAAGUCAUCUAACAGUGCCUCAUCUACCAACAACCUUGGAGUUGGUGUGGCACCAAGGCCAGGUAUGGUCCACGCUGGUCAGAACACCAACAAUUCUGCCAGCCAACCAAUGAACAGCAAUUACAAGCACCUGUAUAGUGGAGGCAAUUCAAACAUUUCAACCCAACCACCUGUCAGUAUUGCUGAGUGCAAUGUUUUUAACAAUUUCCCACCCAAUGGUUAUCAAGAUCAGCAGAGGACAUCCAAUAUCUAAAGACAAGUAGACACUCAAUUUUAGUUCUUUUUUUUAUCAGCAUAAGUUUGAUAUUUUAUUUACUUCAAUAGAAACCAAGAUGUGUUUGAAUUCAAAGAUGUGUCUGUUGCUAAUGCUACAAGUAAAAAAAAUAUAAUUUGAAUAUGUAUUCUAUUUAAAAUCUUAGUUACAUCAAAUGUGCUUCUCUUGAGCACAAAACCCUUAACACUUACCAUGGUGCCAAAAUAGUAAAUUUGAUCUAGUUUCAUAUUGAUGUUAACUCUUUCUCUCCUAACUAACAAUACCAGCGUUGAUUCCACCAGAAUGUGGUAAAUAAUUACGGAGAGAAAGAGUUAAUAAAGAAAUAAUUUCAUUAGCAAUUUUGCAAGAGAAAUUGAUCACUUUUUGAAAGCAGUACCAGUAGCUGCAUUUUUUUCUUGUGACUCUUCCAAUUUUUUUUCAUGCUGCUAAUUUUUUAAAUGUCUCCCAUGGUAUAAGAGUUGACACUUUUUUAGGUUUGUGAUUUUUCUGAGGUUUUUUUUUUUUUUGUUAUUAUUAUUAUUUUUAUUUUUCAAUCGUUUAAAUGACAUGAAUUCCUUAUAUUCUAGAAAAGGACAGGCCACUUUGACAAUUUUUUUUUCACCACUUGAUAAAUUUUCUAACAUUGUCAAUUUUCGUUACAAAUUUUUUUCACUAAAUGCAAUAGUUGCAUUUGCGUAUUACCAAUCAAGUCAUUCAGCAGUAGAAGAAACAAACAAGUACUUUCCUCUAAUAUGGUUGCCUGGUUGUAUCGUAUGCAGUCUGAACUUGCAUCAUGAUGGUCCCAUGUUAAACCCUGCCCACUGUCAUCCUCUACCAUCAUUCAGGAGGUUAGUUCUGUAAUACUGUUCAAUUCUGAAGGAACAUCUGAAACAUGUAUAUCAAACAAACAAUAUGAAAAACAACAGAGACAUAUUAAACACUUUUUUUUCUUUUAGGAUACAUAUUUUACAUGAGUCAAAAUUAUUUAGAUCAAUUAAUGACAUGUCAGAGACAACCAUGUGUAUAUAUAUAUAUGUGUCAUGUGCUCUAUUGGAAUCAUGUCAAAUGCUGCAAUAAACAUAUCAACUUUUCACAGUGCAUCACAAAAGUCAAGAAAAAAAAAACAUUAUCACUAUAUGGCCAAAAAAAAAAAGUACUGCUCUUAAUUCUUUGUAAGCCAUGAAUUUUUAUUUUCAAAAAAAAUGUUUAAACAUUCUAAUUUAGUGAGUUUCUAAUUUGUAUUAUUGGAAGAUCAGCAUUAAAUUACUGAAAAUAAUUAAGGGCUAAUUAUUAAACAUUCAAAUUUAAAUCUUUUAAAUUUUUUGCUGAAAAUGAAAAUAGUUUUACCUGGCCUCUUGUCUGUACUGCUUUUUGAUUUGAUUUUUUUGAUUUGAUUUCAAGUCAUUUCUUAUUAUAUGUAUUACUGACAAAGAUCUUUACAUUAAAUAUAGAACAGUGUGUAAGUCUGUUUUUAGACAAUCAAUUAGUUAAUUAUAUAAACUUGUUAAUAUUUGUACACUUUCAUUUUGUUUUGUUACUGUUGAAAUGUAAUAUACAACAAUCAUGAUUCAUUUUACCAUUUCUGUAAACAUUUUCUUUGUAUAUAAAAUUUCAAUUUAUUUCACACUGCUAGAAAUAUGAAAUGCUUAUAGACCUUUUGCUUUCCUAAGUAUUGAAAACUUGUUUUUUUUUUUUUUUUAAAGCUGCCAAUGACUGAAUGAGACUUUUGAGAAUUUAAAUUUUUUACUUUUAUAUCCCUAAAAGUUUUUGUAAAUGACAACUUUCUGUCAGAAUGUGUAGUAGUACAGAAGGUACUGCCCUCAUGAAGUCAAUUUAUGUAGUAUCUUGGUAUUAAUAGAUGCUUUUUGUUGUGUAAAAAUGAGAAAAUGUUUUUAGAAAGGAUUGUUUCUGAGUUAUUUUGAGAAACAUUGAUUGUUGACUAACUAUCUUAUUUUGAGUUGUUUAGUAUGUGUAGAAAAGAAAAUAGUUGCAGCAUUCGAAUGAAGUGAUAUCAUAAUAUUUAAAUGUAUGUGUAUAUAAUGCUGUGUGUGUGUGUGUGUAUGAACACAUAGUUCUUGCAUAUAGUUGUAUAUAAUUGCAAUGCUUGAUAUCAAGUCAAAAGCUAGUUCUUCAACCAUUAUUUUAUAAUUGUACAUGAACCACUUUUGUUUGUAUCUAUUUUAUGUGUAAGCAAAAUAUGUUUCUGAUUGGCAUAGCUACUGUUAUUUUCUUUAAAAUCAGGUAACUCAUCCUCUUUGGCUACAAUUUAGGCAACCAUUUUAAUCAUGGCUAACAAUCAAAUUGCAUCAUUUUGUUAUCAUUAGAGAAUUAGAUCUUUGAAAACUAAUGACAAAACAAGUUUUCGACACAGUUCAAAUGUUUUUAUGUUUUAACUCCAGCAUUUCUUUGAGAUUUUUGUAUUAUUAUUUUUUUUUUAUUUUAGAAAAUGUUAAGAGCAUUUCUGUUUUGCAAGUAGCUCAAACUAGUUUAUAACAUCAAUAUACUCACCCUGUUUAGCUAACUUUGUUUAAGCAUUUAAAUUGUGUUCAAAAGCAGGGCCGGCCUUAGACCAAUUGGACAGAUUGCUCCAAUUUGGGCACGGCGCAAUUUUCAUUUAGCAUAUCACUAUAAGUCAUGGCUUUUGUCAAAGGCUUUUUUCAAAGGUGUUUGAAGUUGUAGGAAUUUAAGGGUUAACCUUCUUAGUGUAUUCUAUGAAUGAUGUAACUUUAAUUAACCCACAGGCACCUAUUGCAUUUGAGCUGCUUCCUAUGCAUGUUGUAUAAUAAAUGUUUAUACAAUGAUCUAAUGAAUAGUAAUAGUUGUUAUUGUACAAAAUUUAGAAGAGGAGCCAUGCAAACAUCCAUUAAAUUGGGCCCCACAAUUUGUAAGGCCGGCCCUGUUCAAGAGACACGCUAGAAGACAGUAUUUCUGUGCCAUAAUUAAGACAUAUUACAGAUAUAUAAUUUUAGCACUGCUUCUUGUAGAAACCUGUGCUAAAUUCCCCCCUCGAAAUACAAUAAUUUGAAUUCUAAAAAUACUGUGUUCAGUGUCAGUGUUUGAAGCCUAUGCAUUUUUUUUUCUGUGAUUCUAGAUUUUUUAAUAUUUGAAUCUGUCAGUGAAAAAAGGUGUGUUUAUGUGUUUUUGUCAGGUGCUUGUAUGAUGUUUUAUAUAUAUUAAGGCCUGUGUGUGUGAGUAUUUGUCUGCCUCCAUACAAGUGCGAGCAAGAUAUAAAAACAAAAUGUCAGCCAAAUUUGGUAACUAUUUAUAUAAAUCUCGUCAAUGCCUACUUUUCUGUUCAUUAUUUUAAGAAUUACAUCACGAGCCCAAUUCACAUUGUUAUGAAAAAAAAAGUACUGUUGAUAUAAAUAUACAUUUGUUUCAUAAAUUAUUCUUUAAACUGUGAGCUUCCAAAUGAUCCCCAAAUCAUUAUCUCUAUAGAUACAGGAGACUUUUCAUUUAUUUAAUUUUUUUUUUUUAUUAUCACUCUGAAUAAAAGAUAACACAUAUUGAAGCAAUAACAUAUUCUUUGGCAAUAAUCUCUAGAAUGGUUAAGCUGUUAUAUUUUAUAAUAAAAAUACAAAUGAGAAGCACUACUACAUUUUUAACAUUUCAAUUGGAAACUAAGAAUAUAUAUAUUAAUAUUUUUUGUAUGUGUUGUACAUAAAUGAAUAUUCAAUGAUGCUUAGUAUACAGUAUCAUCAGAACUUCUCUCAUCUUUUUUCAUUUGUCCUUUUGUUUUAGUCCUGCUGUAUUUAUUUAUCUGUAUAGUCAUUAAAUAGCUUUAACUCCUUAACUAAUUUGCCAUUUACAAGCACUAUCUACAUUAUGAAGUUACAUAGAUAGUUAAUGGUAGCUAAUGAGUUAAACGAUGAAAUGAAUUCAUGCUGUCCAGGUUGAGCUGCCUUUGAUAUUGAAUGUGUGAUUUGUUUUUACUGCAUGUCCUUGUCAAUAUCUUUACUUUUUUUUUUUUGGUUACACAUGUAUUGUACAAAUUUAAUCAUCAACAAUAAACAAUGGACAUUGUCACUGAAAA